AAUAUUUUGUGUCCAAAAGGUUAUUAAUUUGAUGGGCAAAAAUGUAACUGUAUUCAUUUUCGUCAUAUCAGGACUGCAUAUCGCUUCUGAAGAUCCGUUCAAUUUUCGAUAGUGGUAGGACAAUCUCAUACACCUGAAGAUAUCUGAACAUGUAAGCAGGCAAAUUUAGGCACAAGCGUUCAUUAUCUCAUAGAGCCGCUGUAAAUUUUGCAGAAUAAUUGGCUUUCAGUCUGUGUACUGAUCCAUAAACCUCUGGCACGGCAUAUUAUAUACUUGAAUAAAUAAAAGAUGCAAAAUCAACAAGAAGGUAUCUCUCAAAAAGUAUCGCAGCCUAGCGGAGAUCGGCAAUUUAGAGAAAAUACAGGGCACCGAUAUUAUGAUAAGCUUGUUCGCAUUCUUGGAGCAGAUGAUAUGCUUGAUUCGUUCAAGAAUUUCGAUAGGCAACGUUUAACAGCAGUCCACAACAAAGCUCGCUUGUAUCUCACGCAUCCUCAAGUCGGAAAGAUUUUGCAUAUGAAUGAUGAACAUGAAGAGGAAUACCGGAGCAGUCAUGAAGCCACAGAAAGUGCGAAUGAACUUGUUCCCGUAAGCCUCAAGGAUUUAAAAAUAGGGGAGCGGAAUGAAGGUGUGGUGCUGUUUGGCGAGCUCUGUGUUGAGGCUUUCAAAUUCGUGAGAAUCUACACUCUGCUCAAUGAGGUAGGGACUGGGAAUGCAGUGGCUCUUUCCAUUGUUUCCCCAAUUCCCUCGUCUAUUGAUCAAUCUUUCCCAAGAUGCACUUAUCCCCAAGGCCGAAAAAUAGCUGUGAAGGAGCCCCUUCUUGUGCAAGGUGAGGGCGGCAUCUUAUUCAUUAAUGUAGGGAAUCCCUUGUCUAUUGAAACUACAGAGAGCCUUCCUGCUUCAGCAGAUAUCAAUGUUACAGUCGGUGAAGAAAAAUUUAAUAGAUGGAAGGAAUGUGCAGACAAGGCUUUGAUUACAAAUGACUGGAAGAAAUGUGUGCGAUAUGCUACUAAAUGUUUAUCAUGUCUCUCCCAAGGAAUGCCAGUAGACAGAUCAAUCGUUAUUCACAUGUUCGUCCUCAGAUGGCAAGCGUAUUUGAAUCUUUGCCGAUACCAAGAAGCAUUGGCAGAUGCUGAGAAAUGCUACGAGCUCAACAAUUCAGAACUUACACCAAUAAUUUCAUCACUUUUAUCUGUGGGAAGAUAUAAGAAGGCAUUUCAAUUGCUUGAGAAUUCAUAUGCUCUGUUCCCAGAACAGAAGGAUAAUCUUGUUGAGGUAUAUCGGAGAUGCGGAUCCCUGUAUUUUGAGAUUAGCGAAGCUAUCUUGCAACUUGGAUUACGCAACCCGAAUGUGUUGAAGCCCGAUGCGGAUUUUAUUGGGCCGGUGGAGAUCAGAAUGACAAGAAAUGGCUGUAACAGGGGUUUGUUUGCUACAGAGGACAUUGAGGAAGGUCAGGUAUUAUUGCUCAGCAAGGGUUUGGCCAUGUCUGGGAGGCCUAUGAAAGAUCAAAAUGCACUGCUCCAGAAUGUGAAGGAUGCUCUAGCAUCAUGCGGAGAAACCACUCGCCAAUUUUUUCUUUCUCACGGCAUGAAGGGUUUGUCACAUUUCAUUCCAAAAAUGUCGGAUUUCAUUACCGGGUCUGCGGUAGGGUACCCGGUAAACUGGGCUACAGUUUCCCAAAAAUAUUAUAAGCUUGCCGAGAAGGAGAAGAACCGCAAAAUCCUUCUCAUAUUAAACUGCAUUGCCUUGGACGAUUCUUGUCCAGCUGCGAUGCAAGAAAAUUGCAAGGAAUCAGUAAUCUCUAGCGAUGUUCCAGCGCGCCUGUAUUAUGGGGUAUGGUUGCUUCCCUCCUUCAUUAACCAUUCCUGCUUGCCCAAUGCAGCCAGAAUAAAUGUGGGUGAAAUUCAAAGGAUACAUGCAACCCGCAAAAUUUCAAAGGACAAAGAAAUCACCAUCCCUUAUUUUAAUGUCUUUGUCCCUUAUCCUUCUCGACAGAGGUCUUCCGCAGCCUUCGGUUUCAGCUGUGUAUGUGAAGGAUGCGAGAUAGAAGCAAUUUUAAUGAAUUCUCAGAAUAAAUUUAAGAAUCUUUAUAAAGCUUACUCGAGAGUCGGCCUGUCCAGGAUCCAAAGCCGCGCUACUCAGUUGCAAAGCCUUGUAAGUCAAGUGGAAAACUGUGCGAAUUUUCUGUGGAAGGAGAGAUGGCAAGGGAAAAAUGGUGAUAUGGUAGAAAGCUGGCAUAGGGCCUCGUUUACUCCUGCGUAUUUUGCAGGUCUUGCGAUGAGAAGAAGGAAACUUAGAAAGAAUGCGGUGAUGGCCGAAGUGAAUGAGAUUGAUGACAAGCUUUUAUAUGAUACAUCGAAAGGCAUGAUCCAAACUUGUCCAGGGAGCCUCCUCCAUCUCAUUUUCAUUCAAAAAUGUAUAUUCUUGUGGAGUGAUCGCAUAGAAAAGUAUGCGCGUUGGGAAUUGUUGGAGCGCAAAGAAACAUAUGAGCUCUAUGUGAGGGACAUGCAGGAACAUAUGAUGAAAGCGUACACUAGAGUUUACGGCAACCUCCAGGAACAUGUGAAGCCACUUAUUUGCAGAAGGUUACCAGAGCAUGCAGAUUAAAAUGUUUUCUUCUCAAUCUUGAAGAUAAAUGAUUUUAUUUGUAAAUGAUCUUUGUGACAGAUCAAUGGUACUUAUUUGAUAAAUUAAAAAUGUUCAAAUUUUAAAUCUCA